ACCCCGGGGGACUGCUUGCAAGGUUAUACUGCCUGUGUGCACCUAGCUGUAUAUUUAGGUCUAUAUCUCUAUAUCUAUAUUUUGUACUUCCUGUAAAAAUAUAUGCUAGAUUUGGACCAUCCAAGUCUCAAGCAGGCUUAAUCCUACAAAACAUCUAAUACUCUGACCCUGAUCCUGCAGAUCACACAGGCAAAUGUAACGAGACUGUAUGCAUGGGUUGGUGCUGUCACAUGAUACGAUGGUUUGGUGGGUUUUCAGCAUUUCCGUCACUGCUAGGUGAAUGAAUUUUCUGCUUCCUGCUUCUGGUAGAAUUUGCCUGCAGGGUUUGCGGAGGUGAAGUCCGUGUGAUUAGAAGUCCAACCAGAAUAAGCUAGAUAAGUAGCAUUCUUGCACACCUCUUUAUCCUAUAAGACAGCGUCUGUGGAGGAUUAGGUAUGUAAGAUAAGCAUUAAGGCUUUAAUAGCAAACAAACUGCUUUCUUUGCCUAAUGGUACAUCUCCUGUAUCUCCAUGAUGCGGACAGUCUUCAGCCUGGUUCUCGUCAGCUCCCUUCUUAUAAUAAAAAGUGAAGCACUGCAGUGUUACACCUGCGUAGGUUCUAGCGAUGAAGACUGCAACAGACAAGGAACGCAGCAAUGUCCGGGGCACUCAGAUGCGUGCGCGGUCAUUAGAGGACAAGCAAGCGGCGUUAUGAAGUCCUGCUCCUUCAGCUCCUUCUGCGAGCGGGCAAAGAGGGACGGAUCCAGAGCACCCGGAGUGAGCGUCCAGUGCUGCUACUCCAACAACUGCAACGCAAAAAGCCUGGGCUCCAGAGUCAGCACCUCCUCGAGCUACUUCUCUCUCCUCCUCCUGUGCUUGUGCUGGCACCCCUUGCUGAAGCUGACAUGAGGGGGAAGAACAAGGUCCUGAAGCAACAAGUCUGCCUUUUUAGAGAAGGGUGAUUGUACUUUCUAAAUCAUGUUACUCCGUGUACUGUGUAGGAAAAAAGCAGUAGGCACAACUGACAGAUGAUAAGAUAAAAAUUGUCGCAUCUGUUAAUAAUGCCCUGACCUAUAUGUAAGCAACACCACCCUCUUCUCAUGUAUCCCGAGGGGCUGGCCAUGAUAAGAGGUAACAUUUUCCCACAAUAUAGGCAGUAUGCACAAAGAGGAGGAGAAACCUUAGCUGCAAAUAGCAGCCUUGUAGCAAGGUAAAGGAUCAGUGUGUUCUGGAUGCUGUUUGCUGUUGGCAUACAUUCAAAAACAAGCUAAAAUUUUCAGACACAGAGUGACUGAAAAUUCUAGCUAGCUCGUUAGUUUUUCAGAGAAAAUCUGCAAACCGACCAAAAACUGAUAACCUAAAAUAAGAAUAUUAAUACAAACUGGUAAGAGAAGGCUAUUAAGAGACAAAUGUUUGGAAACACAUUAUAUUAUGUAUAUUUCCUGGGAUGAAAGAACUUUUCCAGCCUCCUCUGAUACUUUGAGAUCUUUCCACAACACUGGAAGAAGUUAAAAAAGGAGCUUGGAAGUUGCUUUGAAGUAAGCUCCCCUCCAAAGAUUGGUUCUUUCUACUGCUACUUUUGAAAACAAGUGGUCAGUCCCUGCCUCGUAGGGAUAACUUGAGUAAUAACAUUUUUGCUUAUCCAAAUUCCUCUUGCAGUUUCAACUGUGUUCUUCACUGUCCUAAAUUUUGUUCUUUGGGAAUAAGAGUAUACAGCCCCUCCUUUCACUGACGUCAUUAGAGGGUGAGUCGAUGCGUGGUGGUUCAUAUAUCCUCUUAAUUUCACAGAGUGAAUGAAAUUACUUGGGGAUCUCUAGAGAGGUAAGGAACUAAAUUAACAUUUUUAAUGGUCCCGUUCAUUGCAGUCUUACCGAGUAAAUGAUCCAGAAUGGGCCACAUCACAGCACAUCACUGGCUCGGAGGUAGGCGUUGCUUUGAAGUGGUGACGCUCAAAUUAGGCAAGGAAAGAAGUGACAUAACACAAGGUGAUGUCAAGAAGCAGGGUGCUGGGUCUGUGAUACUGGAAAGUGGUGCUGGCAAGGCAGGGGUGAUUCACAACAGUGAAAUGUAGGCAGAUGAUCGAUCUUUGCAGAUUUUAAUGCCCAACUGUAUUGAUCUGGUCUAAUCUCCAGGACACAUCGGCUUUAAAUCCAGCUGGUGUCAUUGCAGUAGAGGCGGUCUGUCAGUGAGGAAUUAUAGCUUUAGUUGCCCAUUUGGAAAAAAGAUUUGCUUAUCAAGUUUAUGGAACUCACAAAAUACGUGUCAAAGUAGUUUUUUUAACUAGCUUUGUGUUGUGACUUUGUUUUUAAGUAUAAUUAUUCGCGAAAUCAAUUCCAGGCAGUGUGUCACAGAAUCCUGCAAAAUCUUCAAAAGUUUUCAAAAAUUUUGUCAAGGUUGCAAACCAGAGAGCUUCUUCAAGUGAAAUCACUGAAACCUCUGAGCAGAGCGUAACCCCAACCUGCCUUUUAGCUGUUGCCUGUCACGCUGGCCAAACUGUUCCCUUUCCUCUGGCUGGAUCCUGUCACCACCUUCUGUAGGUUGAGGCUUCAGACUGGGACUGUUCUUUGGGGGUUUGUUGAAGGGGCUCUCAGCUGAUGGGCUUCUGCUAUAUAAUGAGUUGCUACGCACAAGUCAGCUACAGCUGUUAAACAAAAAGAUUGCAACAACGCAAUAUCUUGGCUGAGAAUAUUAAUUUAGGCUCAAAUAUCUCAUCUGUGUAAAAAUCACUUGGUAAGUAUUUUUCAUUUCAUUCUUGGUUUGAAUCAGUUCCUUCAAUCUGUUCUGCUACACUGACUAUGUGUUGAUUGUAUCUUUAUUUUCUGAUUGUUCUGUAAUGAUAAAUUUGUAUUGGAUGUGAUCUCUGUAUAUGCUCCGUGCAUUUUCCUGAAUGAGGAAUUAAAAUAUAUGCAAUGUCUGA